CUCGGUGGCGCGGGUCCCGGGCCCGCGUGGGGCCAUGGCGGCGGCGGCGGGAGCGAGGUGGCGGCUGCUGCUGCUGCUGCCGCUGCUGAGCCGCGAGCCGAGGGCGGCGGGCGCCCCGCGGGCCCCCAACAUUCUGCUCCUGCUCAUGGACGACAUGGGCUGGGGCGACCUGGGGGUGUAUGGAGAACCUUCCAGAGAGACUCCGAAUUUGGACCGGAUGGCCGCGGAGGGCAUGCUCUUCCCGAACUUCUACACGGCCAACCCCCUCUGCUCCCCCUCCCGCGCGGCCCUGCUCACAGGGCGUCUGCCCAUCCGCAACGGCUUCUACACCACCAACGGCCACGCCAGAAAUGCCUACACGCCCCAGGAGGUUGUGGGGGGCAUCCCUGACUCGGAGCAUCUCCUGCCGGAGCUUCUCAGAGGUGCCGGCUACGUCACCAAGAUCGUGGGCAAGUGGCACCUGGGCCACAGGCCACAGUUCCACCCGCUGAAGCACGGCUUUGACGAGUGGUUCGGAUCCCCCAACUGCCACUUCGGACCCUACGACAACAGGGCUCGGCCCAACCUCCCUGUGUACAGGGACUGGGAAAUGGUCGGCAGGUUUUAUGAGGAAUUUCCCAUCGACCUGAAGACUGGCGAAUCUAACCUCACUCAGAUAUACCUGCAGGAAGCCCUGGACUUCAUCAAGAGGCAGCAGGCCUCCCCGCAGCCCUUCUUCCUCUACUGGGCGGUGGACGCCACGCACGCCCCCGUGUACGCCUCCCGGCCCUUCCUGGGCACCAGCCAGCGUGGAAGGUAUGGGGACGCAGUCCGGGAGAUCGACGACAGCGUGGGGCAGGUCCUCCAGCUGCUGCGGGACCUGGGCCUCGCACAGAGCACCUUCGUCUUCUUCACCUCCGACAACGGCGCUGCUCUGGUGUCUGCGCCCAGACAAGGAGGCAGCAACGGGCCCUUCCUGUGCGGGAAGCAGACGACCUUCGAGGGCGGGAUGCGGGAGCCCGCCGUCGCCUGGUGGCCCGGCCAUAUCCCCGCGGGCAAGGUGAGCCACCAGCUGGGCACCAUCAUGGACCUUUUCACCACCAGCCUGUCCCUUGCGGGCCUGCAGCCGCCCACUGACCGGCACAUCGAUGGUCUGGACCUGCUCCCGGCCCUGCUGCAUGGCCAGCUGACCGACAGGCCCAUCUUCUAUUACCGUGGCAACACACUGAUGGCCGUCACCAUGGGCCAGUACAAGGCGCACUUCUGGACCUGGACCAACUCCUGGGAGGAGUUUAGGCAGGGCAUCGACUUCUGCCCAGGGCAGAAUGUGUCGGGCGUGACCACGCACACGCAGCAGGACCACACGGAGCUGCCCCUGAUCUUCCACCUGGGCCGUGACCCGGGGGAGAGGUUCCCCCUCAGCUUCAGGAGCGCAGAGUACCAGGCCGCCCUGGGCAGGUUCCGCCCGCUCGUGCAACAGCACCUGGACACGCUGGUCCCAGGACAGCCCCAGCUCAACGUGUGUGACCGCGCGGCCAUGAACUGGGCGCCCCCAGGCUGUGAGAAGCUGGGGAAGUGCCUGACGCCUCCUGAGUCCGCCCUUGAGAAGUGCUCCUGGGCCCACUAGCCACAGCGUGAACUCUGGCCAGACGGGAAAGCCAGCGCCGUCUGUGCUGCCCGUGACCGGAGAUGGUGCCGCCACAGCUGCUCCUCGCCUCCAGGCUGCCCUGGCCUCUUUGCCCUGCAGUAGCCCCUGGGCUGCCCCCAGGUCCCCUGGGCAGUGACCUCUACGGAGUCUUCUUGCGAGAGUGAAGGAGGAGGCAGGACUGGCACUCAGCAGCCUCUGCUCCCCCAGGAGGCAGAGGAGAUGCCGCAGUGCCAGCAACGCCUUCAGAGGCUCCAACCUCCAGCACCGGGAGAUGUUGCACACCCUCAACCACCACCAGGCCCUGCAAGAUCUCUGGGCUCAGGCCCAUGUUGUGAGACUUCUGGAAUUUGAAGGAAGUUCUAGGG